UGCAUUUACCUCCGAAAUCUGUCGCAUCCUGCUGCAGAUGACAACCCUCCCGUGAGCGGCAGCCUGCUGCAAGUGGUAGCCAAGGCAGUGUGGCUGCCAGUGAAUAUUUGAAAGGAAUCCCCCUGUGUCUGGUUCCCAGCGCAGCUCCCAUGGCCUGUGACGAACCUGCUGCUCUCUCGGGCAUCUUCACGCGCCAGAACUCUGCCAGCGCCAUCUCUCUGGACUUUGAGCCUGAUGCCGACUACAAGUUUGUUGAAACCUUAGAAGACAGGUACAAGUGCGCCUACUGCCACCUCGUCCUUCGCAAUCCCCACCAGACGGGAUGCGGGCACCGAUUUUGCCAACAGUGCAUUCUUUCUCUGAGAGAGUUGAAUGCAGUACCCACUUGUCCUGUCGACAAAGAAACAAUAAAAAUGCACGAGGUAUUCAAAGACAACUGCUGUAAAAGAGAAGUUCUCAACUUGCAUGUGUUCUGCAAAAACAUUCCUGACUGCAAUUCAAAAAUAAUUCUGGGACGAUAUCAGGAGCACCUUCAGCAGUGUUUGUUUGAAAGCGUGCAAUGCACCAACGAUGGAUGUUGUGAUCAAAUUCUUCGGAAAGACUUGAAAGAGCAUUUGAGCCGGCACUGUAAAUUUCGAGAAGAAAUGUGUCAGUACUGUAAUAAAUAUGUGGUGUUAAUUAACAUAAAGAAUCAUGAGAAAAAUGACUGUCCUGAUUAUCCUGUGCCUUGUCUCCAAAACUGUUCACAAAUAAUUCUGAAAAAGGAGAUUGAAAAGCACCACGCGGUGUGCCCUGAGGCAGAAGUGGACUGCCCAUAUAAGCAGUAUGGCUGUCUUGUAAAGGUUAAAAGAGGGAAACUUGCCGAACAUGAAAAUGGUGCCCUGAGGGAACACAUGCUGCAGAUUUUAGACAAGAACUCCCAGUUGGAAGAACAGAUAUCUGACCUGUAUAAGAGCCUGGAAUGUAAAGAGAUUAAAAUCCAGCAGCUAGCAGAGGCCAUUAAAAAGUGUGAGAAAGAAUUCAGACAGUUUACACAACUGUUUGGUAAAAAUAGCAACUUGAUGGUAAGCACACAGGCUCUGGCCAGUCACCUGGAUAAGUCUGCGCGCCUGGAAUCGCAAGUGAAACAGCUAAUACAGAUGGCAAACCAGCAACAAAGCAAAUUAGACUUGCGACCCCUGUUUGACACAAUUGAACAUGUAAAACAGAAGAUUGCCCUGAUGGAGACAUACGAUCAGCGCUUGGUUGUUUUGGAAGAUCAGUCCAGCAAACACGAUCGCCAGAUCAAUAUUCACAAAGCACAGCUUAAUAAAAAUGAAGAACGGUUUAAGCUUUUGGAAGGCACAUGCUACAAUGGGAAAUUAAUCUGGAAAAUCACGGACUACAAGAUGAAGAAAAAAGAAGCAGUGGAAGGCCGUGUCCUCUCCAUAUUCAGCCAGCCCUUUUACACCAGCCGUUGUGGGUACAGGUUAUGUGCAAGAGCCUACCUGAAUGGGGAUGGCUCGGGAAAGGGAACACACGUCUCCCUCUACUUCGUGGUGAUGAGAGGGGAGUUUGACUCGCUGCUACUGUGGCCUUUCAAGCAAAAAGUUACACUUAUGCUUUUGGACCAAAGUGGGAAAAAAAAUCACAUCGUGGAAGUCUUUAGAGCUGACCCCAACAGCAGCAGUUUCAAAAGGCCGGAUGGAGAAAUGAAUAUUGCCUCUGGAUGUCCACGCUUCGUGCCACACACGGUCCUGGAGAACACAAAGAACACCUACAUCAGAGAUGACACUCUGUUUUUGAAAGUGGUUGUGGAUUUAACCGAUCUGGAGGAAUUGUGAAAAGCGUGCCCGAUCCAUGUGACUGCUUUAAACAUUUCGAAAUGCUUUUUUGGAGACUACUAGCCAUGCAAUAGUGAAUUGCCACUAGUCGAGCUACUGAUAAUGUUUCGAGGCUUUUGGACUGCAUAACAGAUAAUGAAUUGCCAAAGCAUCAGCCUUUCCUUUUUUAACCUUUUUUUCAAGACUGCGUUUUUAAGGCAGCUAGAAGUCCAGUUUGAUGCGAACAUGCAUUCGAUCCAGACUUGGCUCAGUCCAGGCUGGGGGGAAUGCUUGUGUCCCAUCACCAGACUAGUGUUUGGAGACAAAACUCCUCCAGUAAGCCCCCUGGAGCCCAAGCAGGCCUGUGGGCUCCCAUCCCUCACACAGAACUGAAGCCAUGCCCAAGUGUGCAAGUGCAUUUCACUUGUCUGAAAUGGAAGCAUUUCAACAUUAGCACAUUUGAAUCAAUGUAUCUUGAUCCCUCCAUCUCCUGGAUUUUUGAAGUGGAGAGAAUGGCUUCAAUCAGGCAGGGAAAACAUUUGCCUGGGAUCUUGCAUCUUUUUUGUUUGUUUGUUUGUUUGUUUUAAUUGGUUUUUUUCCAGAAAGCCCAGAGGAAGAUGCCAAUGCCUCUUACUUUUCUAGCCUGGUAUUUCAGCUGUAUAGAGUACCCCCAGGUCACAAUAGCUUUGUUAUGUCCUUUCCGUUCCUGCCUAGUGCCUUGGGACUGAUUUCCAUUGAUGGUAAACAUCCACAGUCCCCAUCUGAAGCCAAAAGAAGCUGCAGGCACUUCUCACUUCUCAGGACAUGGCCAGAAGCAGGGUACUCUUGGCUGCACUGCUGGAAGAAGGGGUGCAAAACUCCUGUACUUGUGCUCCCACACCUGCACAAAAGAGAUGUUUUCUGGCCUACCAGCUCUACAAAAGACAGGAAGAGCUUUGGAUAUCUGCUUGGGAAAAGGUCCACGUAACAUGCACUGUUCCCCUCUGCUAGAAAUUUGGAUGUUUGGGAAAGAAGGAGGAAAAUGGGUUAGGGAGUGAGGUUGCUGUAAGAACCCAAUUCUCACAGGUAGUGCAGCUCUAGUGUUUGUUAAAGAGCGAGACAGCCACUAAGUAAUAAUGAAGUGCGUCUGAAUAUCUUAAUUUUUAUCGCAAGUUCCUUCCAUACUGCAAGGGAACAUGUGCAUUGUGCGGGGUUUAUUGGAGAUGCACUAAAACCACCAAGAUCAGGCACUGAGGAACAAGUGACAAAGAAUACACGUGCCUUUUAAAGCCUUUUGGGUGCCUGUAAGAGGGAUGUAAUUUUGCACACCUGGUCAUUUUAUUACAAGUGACAGAAUUUUGUGUGUCUCUCAUCUCUCACAGAUCAGGUAGUGAAACAUCGCAACGUUAUCCAUUGCUCCUGCAGUCCACUGGCAGAGCAAACCCAGAGCUUGUCAAGAGACAGCAAGAAACCAAGCUGGGUUUAGACUAAGAGUAAACUAGGCAGGAUAAAAAUCAAAAUGGGGCACAGACUGCAAGGUAUAAGGUAGAAAAUUCAAGAGGGCAAAUGUGGCAAAAUCAAAAAUGCCCUUUCUGUGUGGGAUGUUGAGAUCAACUGAAAUAAUACAAUUUGGGAUUGAUACAAAGACAAAGGCAGAAUACUGUAUUUUAUAUCUGCAAUCUCAUUGCUAGGCACUUAUUUUCCCACAGGGUUUCUAGGACAUAAUUCAGACACAAAUAUUUUCAAAUUCAGGGACAAGAGGGAAGAGACCUUAAUUAUUGGUACCUUAUGGUGACUUAGCACAUCUGAAAUGUUCAUUUUGAUUUAGAUGUCCUUUUUGUUGUAAGAUGUCAGGGCGUACUGGCCCACUGUAGGGGCUUUCCGUGUUCCCAGGGACAGAUGGUGGAGAAUGGAUUUUAUUCUCUUGUAUGGCCAUGACUGACUUUAAGACUCAUUUAAGUCUCAUUUUGGCUGUACAACAGAGACAAUUAGGCCUCAUGUCCCUAACGCUUCAUUACAGAAGGAGCAAGCUUGGUUUGAAAAUGGUGUGGCAUUCUAGGACAUCAAUCCUGAGCCUCGGACGUGGACUUCAUGUCAAUUAUUACUUUAAUAUUUGUCAUGUAACUUUCAAAAUGGCACAACUUGCAUAAUAACCACUAAUAACUGAUGGAAACAUACCACUCAUGUUUCCUGGAACUCUCCAGUAUGUUGAGUGUGAAAUACAGAAAGCGAUGAAGAACUUGGAGAAUCAAGGGAGGCAAGAGGGAAAGGAUGCGGUCUGUAUCCUGUCAAAUUCCCAGCCCUCUCCGCCUCCACCACCCCAAGGUAAAAUGGGGAUAAUAAUACUUGCAGAAGUGUUAGGACUAUUUAAGUGUUUGUGAAGAAUUUUGAGCAUGAGAAGAGCUAAGUAUUAUUAAAACUCCAUUUCUAAUUGUUCGAGUAGGUGAUGGAGCAGUGACGUGGAUAAGUGUUUAGUGUGUUCCUGGACAGAUUUUGAAAGCAUGUUCAGUUUUACCCAAUCCAUACUGCAAUCUCUCCUCUACUUACCAGUUGGGUUUAGGUUUUUGCCACGAAUAUUCCUUUUAACAUUUUGAAGCACAAAUGAUUCAUCCUGGGUAAUGGAAACAUCCCUUUUGAAAUACUGCCUGUUUUAUAAAGAAUUAGUUGAGAAAAUUUUUUUAAAGACAACCUUCUUUAAAUUUGUUCUUUUUAUUACAACAAUUGAGAGAUUUAUGUUAAAAUUCUCAGUGAUUUUUACUACUUGUAAACAGGAUUUUAAAUUUCAUCCCAUUCCUAAUAAAGAAAAAAAUGUUGUAUCGCAUGAAUUGUUGGGAAGAAUUUUGAUGUUGCAUGAAAAACACCAAAAAACUUUUCAAUAAUAUUGUACUGGGUAAGUAACCAAAAAAGUGUAGGGUAUUUCUACAUCAGCAUACAGUAUGUUUUUAAUGUAUUUAUUGACAGUUUGUAGUUGUUUGAAUAUCUCUUACUACAGGCAUUUUUCUAGCCAAAUGUCAUCACUGUAUACGUAAAUUAAUGUAAGAAUAAAAAAUUUUAUCAUCCUUCUGGAA